GGCAAUAUGUUUCACCACGUAGUAUCAUAUAGACGGUCUCUUGUGUUGAUAUUGUGUACGAUAUUGUUUUUGGAGACUCAAGCUAAUUCAGAUAUAUGCAACAUAUGUAAUUGCAAUUCACUUACAACGAGUGUAAAUUGUGCAAAUCGCAAUUUACAAUCAAUUCCACAACCAAUUCCGACGAAUGUUGAAUAUUUAGAUCUGAACGAGAACAACAUUGCAACCAUCAAAGAAGGAGCAUUCACGGGGCUUUCGAAUUUAAAGACAUUACGUCUUGGCAACAACAACAUCGCAACCAUCAAAGAAGGAGCAUUCACGGGGCUUUCGAAUUAAAGACAUGUAGUUCGUUUAG